AUGGGGAAGAAAAUGAAGCUCCCUUUUCUCUCCAAGAACACAUCAGAACUAUCAAGAUCUUCAUCUUCUUCUUCCUCCCCAUGGCCUUGGCCUUCUUGUGCUCAAACCAGAACCCUUUCUUUCAGAACAGGCAAUGAUAUCUUCAAGACCAUAAACUCAGCCUACUUUGACACCACAAACCCUACAACAGAUUUGGUGUUGGUGGAUAGCACACCGAACUCGUUCUUCACCAACUCAUCAUCUGACAAGUGUCCCAUCUUCUCCACCGCCUCUGAAGACUCACGAGGCGGUGGAGGAGAAGACGCAAUAGAGAGUGUGAUUAAAGGGUUGAGGUCAGAGAGGCUCUUCUUUGAGCCAACUGGUCAGACAAGCUCUGUGUUAGUUGAGACCAAGGAGGCGGCGGCGGCGGCGGCAGCAACAGCUGAUGAUGGUGGUGAUGGGGUUAAUAAUGUUAUUCCAUUCAAGGAGAGUGUGGCUUUGUCAAUUGACUCACCAGACCCGAUUGUGGAUUUCAGAAAAUCUAUGGAGGAAAUGGUGGAAGCUCAUGGCUUGAAGGAUUGGGAGAAUCUUGAGGAGCUUUUGUGUUGGUAUUUGAGGGUAAAUGGUAAAAGCAACCAUGGCUAUAUUGUUGGAGCUUUUGUCGAUCUCUUGGUAGGUCUUGCAUUUACUACUACCAGUAGUAAAUCUUGUUCUUGUAUUAUUAACUCUCCUUCUUCUCCUUUCUCUAAUUUUUACAAUAGUAUUACUACUUCUUCUUCGUCGUUGUCGUCAUCGUCUUCUUCUGCGACUACUCCUUGUGUUUCCUCCGUAGAAGAAGAGUCUGAAAGUACUGCUACUACUCCAUGUUUAUCUUCAUUGUUAGAAGGUGAAGAAGACCAGAUUAAAUAA